UUAACUUAUUGCACUAGUUCAGUAGUGCAGUAAGUAAAGAACAGGUCUCCUGUCUACAAGCAGAGAGAAACCUGAGAGCGGCCAUCCCGGCAUUUUGCCUGUUACCGUUUUCGCUGGACUGAUUCCAGCGCUUUACGCCCAUUUCCAAUUUUGGAACUAUUUCAUGCAUGCAGCACGGAAUACAACCACGGACACGCACCAAGUGGAGACUUUAUCGGCAGUACUUGAAAAUGGGUGUAGCGGAAUAGUUCCAAAAUUGGAAAUGGGCGUAAAGCGCUGGAAUCAGUCCAGCGAAAACGGUAACAGGCAAAACGCCGGGAUGGCCGCUCUCAGGUUUCUCUCUGCUACAAGAAACGAGAGAUGAUCGAUUAUACAAAUCUUAGCAUCGAACAAUCGAUUAAUCGAAUCUAAAACCAUCGAAUAAAUAAUUAAUUGACAUUAUAAACAUCGAUAAAAAUAAUCGAUUAUUUGUUAAAGAAACAUCGAACUUCGAUGCAUCGAGGCAACAUCGCCCAUCUCUACAAGCAGCCAUCUUCCCGACGACGACGCGCCCCUUGACGUAGGCCGUUUUGAGCGGCGUCGGAACUGAUGAAAGGGCCUGUUCCUUCAGGGGCAAACGCAUUCGUUUGCUCCCCCUUUUUCGGGAAUAUUCUGCGUGGAUCGCGCGAGCGAGGUUAUUCCUUGCGGGGUUUCCUAGUAUCCUGGGCGCAUCACUCGUGCGACUGACUGAAGCUUAAGGACACUGCGUAUGGUUUGCAGAUGUCCCAUGAUGCGGAACGUAAGUAACGGGUGAGGAAAAAUUGACCUGUCUGCAGGAAAGAUCGGCCUUUCUCUUGCGCGAAUAAGGAAACGUCCUGGAGAUAGGCAUCACUACGUGACGCAAUGGCAGAGACAACAGAAAAGAUAGAGAUCCUGAAGAUUGAGGAGUAUGCUGAUGGUGUACUAAUUGAAAACGGAGCCUCAGAGAUUUUCUUUGACGGGGAUAUUUCACAGAAUGAACCCGUAGUGGUAGCCAGCAGACCAAUUACGGACAACGAGAAGGACGAUUUGGUUAUUUCAAUUAUAACUGAUUAUCAAUGUGUGACAUGUCACCGUGUUUUCCAGUCGAAGGAUAUGCUGCAGAAGCAUGUAGACAUGUGCAGAGAGGAAGAUGACUCGAUUAAUAUCAUCGGGCUUGAUAAUAUGGUCAGUUACGAUUCAGACGAAAUGGAUGAUGAGGAUGAUGAGGAUGAUCCUUCAACAAGUUUAAGUGCUGAAGAUUCGGAUUCUAAAAGCCAAAAGAACAAUAAUGAAAAACCUGUCAUUAAACCUGUGCCUGAGACGCAGUGUCAUUGCUGCGGAGAAGACUUAAAGACGGCACACAGUGGCGGGGAAUAUAAGUGUUCCAUUUGCGAUCUCAGUUUCAAGAAAAAGGCAUCUCUGGACAGACACGUUAUAGUCAUACAUUGGAAGUGUGAUUCGUGUACAUGCAACGAAUGCGGCUCUUCUUUUCGCGACAAGAAAGCUUUGAAUAAGCAUCGCUAUACGACACAUGGAGAUCGCAAAAUUUUUAAGUGUGAGCCUUGCGAUACUUACUUCUCCCGGAGUUACCACUUAAAUCGUCACAUAAUGCAAUCUGGUUGUCACGGUAACAUACUUAAUACGUUUAGCUGUCAAGUUUGCAAGAAAGAUUUUACGCGUAAAGAUAACUUGCGGGAACACUUGCGUACACAUGCGGGAACGCCCCAGAGGCAAAAAAAGAAGUGUAAAUAUUGCUCGAAGGAUUUCUUUACGAAUCAACAGCUAUUGGUACACGAACGCAUGCACACAGGAGAGCGACCGGUCCAAUGCGAUUUAUGCCCGAAGACAUUCCUGUCACCGCUUGCACUGAAAAAGCAUCGCCGUGUACAUACCGGAGAGAAGCCGUUCGAGUGUAAAUACUGUCAAAGAAAAUUUGCUGCUCGCGAAACAUUAAAUCGCCAUCAACGGACGCAUACGGGCGAGAAACCGCACGUAUGCCAGUAUUGUAACAAAUCGUUCAUACAGGCAGCACAAUUAAGAGCACAUGUAUUCCAUCACACAGGAGAGAACGGUUUCUAUUGUGAUGUAUGCGGCAAGGCGUUUAAUCGGAAAGCACGUUUGAAUAUCCACAAGAAAUUCGUACAUGAGGGAGCAAUUCCAUUCACAUGCGAAGUGUGCGACAAGGGUUUUACGCGAAGAGAGGACUUGGUCAAACACAAACUGCUACACACUGGCGUUAAACCAUUCAAAUGCGACAAAUGCUCGAAAGCCUUCUCGGCGAAAUCGUCGUUGCAGGCUCACCUCAACACCCACAGACGCGAACCACCUCAGUCGUGCGUCGAAUGCAACCGAGUGUUCAUUCGGCAAGAUUGCUUAAUGCGGCACAUUCGUGCAAAGCAUCGGGAAUUGUUGGAGGACGUAAUGAAUGAGGUCGAGAAGAAGCAUUUGCAAACACAGUUGUACAACAUUGCAUCAAUUGCUGCCGCCAAAACGGAAACCGGCGAAUCUAGAGAACUUUCUACUGACGAGUUGUUGACGGCCAUCCUCGAUCUCUUGAGGAUACUUAUCGAUGAGGAAACGUUGCAGUUGUUUGGUUCGCCAGAAACUCCGAUACAAGAUAUCCUUGAAGCUGUGAUCAGAAGAUGCGGAUACGAGCCGAUAACAUCGGAAGCUAACGUAAUGCUCGCCGAUAGGUUACGACAAAACAUCAAGAUUCUGUUCACCGUUGUCAUCGACACAAUGAAUGAUGAAACAGCGAAGUCUCUCUUGACAACAAAAACAGUGGACGAUGUCAUUCUUCAUGUUUUGGAAGUAUCGAAUCGAAAUUAGAAACUAAAACUAUUACACAA